AUGGCUAUCUUCGACGGGCUCUUUCGUGGCCGUGACCACCAGGCACGAGUCGACGACAACGACGCAAAGAAAUCCCAAUUCACUGUUUCCUCCCACUCUGUCCCCUCCACAGGCAGCACCACUCCUUCGUCCGGUCUCGCGACCCCAACCGAGGAGAAGGGCCUCAGCCCUCUCGGGCCCGUCCCUGAGAUCGGUCGCCUGGGCUCGUGGAAAGGCGCCCUCGUCCUGCUGGUCACAUCCGGCUCCCAGUUCCUCGACAAUGUCUUCAUGACCAGUGCCAAUGUGGCCCUGUCCUCCAUCCAGGAGGACUUCAACGUGUCCGCCACCAACCUCCAGUGGAUGAUCUCCGCCUACACCCUGACGUUUGGCGGCUUCUUGCUUCUGGCAGGCGUUCUGUCCGACCGAUAUGGCCGAAAGCUGAUCCUCUGCCUGGGCCUCACCUGGCUAUCCAUCUGGACCCUGGCCAUCGGGUUCGGACAGUCCUUCAUCCAGCUGACCGUCUUCCGCGGGCUUCAGGGCAUCGGGGCCGCGCUGACCGUGCCGUCCGCGAUCGGAAUCAUCAGCGCCUACUUCACGGGGCUUGAUCGCACGCGCGCGCUGUCUAUCUACGCCUCCUCCGGCACGGUGGGCUUCUGCGUCGGGCUCAUCUUCGGCGGGUUCCUGACCUCGUCCCUGGGGUGGCGGUACAUCUUCUACUUCAUCGUGAUCAUCACCGGUGCGCUCGGCAUCCUGGGGUUCAUCGUCCUGCCCGCGGACAACAUGGCGGGCAAGGCGAAGCCCAAGAUGGACUACGUCGGGGCGAUGCUCUCCACGGCGGGUCUGAUCCUGCUGCAGUUCGUGCUGUCCAGCGGCGGCGUCUACGGCUGGGGCACGCCGUUCAUCAUCGUCCUGCUCAUCCUGGCGGUGGCGCUCCUGGCGUCGUUCGUCGUGCUGGAGAAAUUCAUCUCCUGCCCGCUCAUGCCUCUGUCGUUGUGGAAACUCCCCAACUUUGCGGGGCUGUGGGUCGCCGGCUUCACCUGCUACGGCAGCUACCAGAACGUCAUCUACUACAUCGUCCUGAUGGCGCAGGAGGUCGAUCACCUCUCCGCGGGCGACACGGCGCUCCGGUUCCUCCCCAUGGGCGUGAUCGGGUUCAUUGCCUCGAUGGGAACGGGCAAGGCGCUCGAGUACGUAAACGGGAAAUACACCCUCCUUGCCGGGUUGAUCCUGACGGUGUUGGCCCCUGUCCCGAGCGCCAUCACCGCCAGCCCCGAGACCAGCUUCUGGGUCAAUGUCCUCCCCACCUCGCUCAUCAGUAUCACCGCUGUGUCGUUGAUCUUCGUCACCACCAGUACUGCCAUCCUGACGACUGUUCCGGUGAACGUGAAGAGUCUGUGUGGUGGAAUGCUGAACACCGCCUUCCAAAUCGGCUCCGGCGUGGCCCUGGCCAUCUCCGCCGCCGUCACCGAAACCGUCGACAUCAAGAAGGGCCAUGGGCUGGCCGAGCAAUACGCCACAGGCCUGUGGUGUUCCGCCGGCCUUGCCGGACUGGGCCUGAUUAUCGCCCUACUUUCCGUCCGGAGGAGAGGCAUCGGCCCGAAUGAUCGCGAUGACACGGCUUGCGCUAUAUAGGUGGUGCUGCUGCUGCCCCUGCGUCCGUCGUCGGCGUUCUUUCUCCCUUUCGCCAUUCUUUCCUGCAUUACUAUUAUCCCACACCACACACGUACCCACACUUGAGUUGAUUCAUUGAUUGAUUGAUUGACUGACUGACUACACGGUACAUGAUCUGAUUUGAUUCACAAUGAUUUACGAUUCCCCCUUUCCUGUCUCUGUCUUUCUGUUUCAUCUGUCUGUUUUGGCUAUCUAUCGGCCCAUGUUCUCCCCUGCCCUGCCCUACCCUACCCUGCACCACAUACAACACACAGCACGAACACAAAAAGUCCACUCUGUUUCCCUUCUUCUUCUUCUUCUUCAUCAUCAUCAUCCCUCUUUUGUCUGCAUUUCACCGUCAGUCUCGCUGUGAUGACACCCACGAGACUCAUCCUACGUUAUUUAGAGUACAUACACCCCCUAGAGUGGCGAACAUAGUUUCCAUCCA